AAGCUGCCGAAGUGAUACAAGGUACUCCUCUUACCCCUCAGUCCAUGCACCCCUAUUACGAAGUAGUCAUAUAUAGUACCGUUGAGCCCCCCCAGUUUGGAUCACCGGCACCCUUAUUAAAACGGACAGAUUUCUCCCGCCAUCUUCAACCUACAUGCUCGCGGGAUACAACACACCCACGCCCACGCACAACUCCUCAUUUGCUCUCAACAAGGCACAGACAAUGACAUCCCCGCCGCCCGAGGUCGCGGAGCGCAUCCGCCACAAAAAGGCGCAGUACACGCGAUUCGCCGACACCAAGCAGUGGAGCAGAUUCGACACCAUCUUUGUGCCAGACGCCACCUUCAAAUUCGUCGACGAGGAUGGCAAGGUCAUCACCACGCCGGACGGAGCCAUCCCGUACGAGUGGGCCUCGCGCGAGUCGUGGGUGGCGUUUUUCGAGGCGGCCUUCACCGACCUGCAGGUCAUUCACCUCGUCGGCCCCGGCGAGUUUGAGCUGGUCGGACCGGACGAGGUCAAGGCGGUGUUUACGGUCAUCUACCACGACGCACCCGCCAAGGGGAAGGGGACAGGUCCGCAUGAGACGGGCGGCGGGCAUUACUACGAGACGUGGGUGCGCCAAGGCGGGGAUUGGUUCUGUAAGGAUUUGUUCAUGCAGAGGAAUUACCACCGGGUCGCGUAGUCAUAUGAGGUUACUACUAGUAGUACCUGGGUCUUCCUUAGCGGGAUGUAGGAUGCAGGUACUAGUAGUACCAGCUUCUUGGGAAAGUUGCAAUAUGGGCAUGAUCACGCUGCGAUGGAUAAGAGAGAGCGACACAGAGGUAUUGAG